AUGGCAGACCUGCCCGCAGGUUCUGGCGCUGGGGCGCUAGGAGCCGCAGCGCACAAGCGCGCGAGCAUCGCGGGAAGCAUUUGCAACAUUGCAACGGCGCGCCAGCAGGCCCUUCCAGAGUUUGAGUUCAGCUUGGCCAGUGCGAAGGCCAAGGUCCUGAAGUCAAUGGAGGGCAACCCUGGUGCCACGCCCGCGUUUGCAAAGUUCGUGGAGGGUGCCCUGUUUGACCGCCUCGCCCGCGCGCUGCUGCUGCUGUUUGCGGCAAGGUUCCAGCGGGAGGGCCUCGUGCGGUGCACAGAGCGCGCGCGGCAGCAGCACUUGGAGGGCUACAACCCUCACCUGCUGUCUGAGCGCAUGCGUGAGCUGGGGGAGGAGGAGGCGGCACAGCGCUGCGGCCUCAGCCAGCCGUACGCCGAGCUCAUCCUGCGCUACAGCAGCUUCAGGAGGCCGCAGCGCGACAGGGGCCCCUUCAAUCUGGCGGCAUGGCGCCACCGGCCACUGCGCAGCGUGGACACCCUGGGGGUGGAGCAGAUCUGGGCGCUCAAGCACGAGGGCGGCAAUAGGGCGCUGAGAGGCAAGCUGAUCGCCAGCCUGAACGAGAAGCCAUCGACCCUGAGCGUGCAGGCCGCGUCCCUGAGCAACACGUCACUGGUGACGCAGGCAGUGACGUCGCCAAUAGUCGCACGCGGCGUCCUGGCCGACCACGGCCGGCGGUGCGAGCGGCAGCCGCCGCACCACGACGCCGCAACAAUCCGCAGUGCAGUGGUCAGUGGCGGCGCGGGCCCGGACAUGCUUCCGUCAGCGGCAUUCGCUGCUGCAGGCGCGGGGCGUGGUGUCGAGCUGCGGGGACUCGCGCCUGGGCCAGGGCUCAAGGUCUCGGGGCUGCCCCUGGGACAGCAGGCGGAGGCCCCACGUGCAGGCGGGCCCGUGGCAACGCACUCCCCCUUUUCCAGGGACAGGGCCAGCGGCCGCUCAGUCACGGCGUCGGCCGCGCCGACACCGCGCGACAGCGGCCCGGGGGCGGCGGCGGCCCCGGACGGCGGCGGGAGCACGCAGGGGGUGGCGGGGCGCCCGGAGAGCGGCCGGCCGACGACGGGCGCCCCGCGCUCGUCGGUUGCGGCAGGGCUGGCGGGGUCCAAGGGACUUCAGGGCGUCGCGGCCGCGCUGCCCGAGGCAACCGGGCUUCCCUUGGACGACGCCAUGGCCUACCUUAUUCUGCUGAGGCGCCACAUAAUGUUCGGCCCAUCCCUGGGGCUGGCCGCGGUGACGGCUGGCGCCGCGGUCCCGAGCGUGAGCGGCUUGGCUCGGUCGGGGCCAGGCGCGUCCGUGAGCAGUGCGCUGGAGCCUAGUGCGUCGGUCGUCUUUUCUCAGGCUGGGUAA